UCUAAAUGCCUUCCAGCUUAAUGCGCCCAUCCCUCUCUCUUCCUCCCUCUGCCCGAGUCUCCCCGUUUAUAUAUUUCGAGUUCGAUUCCCAUUUUCUGAACGAUUUUUUUUUUCUUUUUAGGCUGCUUAUUUGUUUGGUUUCUCUCAGCUUCAAUUCAUUCAGUGUGUCAACGGAUUUGAAAAGUCUCAGCCCUGAAUCCCUCUGUUCUGUUGCCUUUCUACUGAUACUUUCAGAGUGUUUUCUUCGUCUGAUGUAAGCAGCGCCGCGGAUCUCGAGACCUAAGGUGGAAAUUCAGGCACUCUGAAUUGGCAAAUUUGCUGCAAUUCCACUUGCAGCUUUGAGUGAUGUGACAAAAACGACCUUCUUAAAUUCCACCCUGAGCAUUGGAUUCAGUGCCAGCUACAGCCUCAAGUUGGAGAUUUUGGUUUAAGCUGGAUAUGGAAAGAAAACAAGCAUGAGACUUUCCUCAUCUCUCCAGGAUUUAUCAACAUAUAGCAACAUUGAUCCUGAAAAUGGUCGUCUUAACCACGGAAUUGAUGCACGUACGCGUGCAAAAUUUGUUCCUCCAAGUCUACAAAAGGAAACAGCAGGUUCAAGUUUUUCAAAGCAGAAAGCCUUGCAACCAGCCCCUUUUAACCGGAGAAGAUGGCUGAGAAUCGCUACAGUUAUUUUUUGCAUUUUCCUGCUUAUUUUGUCUCUCUAUGUAUGUUCAAAAUAUUUUAGUUCUUUUUGGUCUCGUGGACCUUCACAAUAUUCCGUGAUUUUAGACAGUGGAAGCACAGGCACUCGGGUUUAUGUAUAUGAGUGGUCGUCUGAUAACAGUAGGCACCAUGGUAACCUUCCAUUGGUAGUUAAAUCAUUACCUAAGGAUCCUCAAAGAAGACCUAUAUUGAGGAAUGGUCGCGCUUACCGUCGUAUGGAAACAGAACCAGGACUUCAUAAGCUAGUACAUAACACAUCAGGGUUAAAGUCUGCCAUAAAGCCUCUUCUUCAGUGGGCUGAGAAACAGAUACCAAAAAAGGCACACAAGAGUACUCCUUUAUACUUUUAUGCUACUGCAGGUCUACGGCGACUGCCACAUGCUGAUUCAACAUGGCUUAUGGAUAACGCAUGGCUAGUCCUGAAAAAUUCUUCAUUCUUGUGUCAGAAGGAUCAAGUGAGGAUUAUUAGUGGCAUGGAGGAAGCUUACUAUGGGUGGAUUGCUCUUAAUUAUCACAUGAAUACAUUAGGUUUUGGAAAAUCAAAAGCAACUUUUGGCUCCUUGGAUUUGGGCGGUUCGUCACUACAAGUAACUUUUGAAACUCAAAAUGUUUUGCAUGAUAAAACAAGUCUGAAUUUGAGCAUUGGAGCUGCUAAGCAUCACCUUAGUGCAUAUUCUCUUUCUGGUUAUGGCCUGAACGACGCCUUUGACAAAUCUGUUGCACUUCUUCUUAAAAAGCAUACUGGAAAUUCCAAACAAAAAAUAAAUGAAAAGAUAGAACUUGCUCAUCCAUGUUUGCAUACUGGGUAUAUGGAAGAGUAUAGGUGUACUCAAUGUGCUCAACUUGACCAGGAUGGUAGUCCCAUGGUUGGAGGAAAAAGCAUGGGGAAGAAAGCACCAAGAACAAUUAUUACAUUGCGUGGUGUUCCAUAUUGGGAGGAUUGUGCAUCACUUGCAAAAUCAGCUGUUAAUUUAUCAGAAUGGUUGGAUUCAAAUGGAGGGACAGAUUGCACUAAGAAACCUUGUGCAUUGAGUGACGAUCUACCCCAUCCUUAUGGACACUUUUUUGCAAUGUCGGGGUUUUAUGUUGUCUUCAAGUUCUUUAACUUGAGCUCGGAAGCUUCUCUUGAUGAUGUCCUGCAGAAAGGCCAUGAGUUUUGUGAGAAGACAUGGGAAGAUGCUAAAGACAGUGUUCCACCACAACCAUUUAUUGAACAGUACUGUUUCCGUGCACCUUACAUAGUCUCACUUUUGAGAGAUGGCCUGCAUAUAGAUGAUACCGAAGUGGUUAUUGGUUCUGGCAGUAUCACAUGGACAUUAGGCGUUGCUUUAGCUGAAGCUGGGGCACUUUUGUCAAGAAAAUUUGAGAUUGAAGGGUCUCUUAUUUUCUCUCAGAAGUUCAGUCUAAGCUUUGUUAUUGUUAUUAUAUUGAUAUCUCUGAUAGUCAUUUUUGCCAUUGCAUAUUGUACGAUCAGUGGAAUUCCAAGAUGCUUUCACAAAUCAUAUCUCCCACUUGUCAAGAACCAAAACACAGGCAGCUCUCAUUUUAGAUUUAAACGUUGGAGUCCUAUCAAUUCAGGAUUUACUCUUGGAUGGCCUGGUGAUGAAAGGGUGAAGAUGCCAUUAAGUCCUACCAUUAAUAGCCCUGUGCACCGGCCAUUUGGAAUGCCACACGGUUUAAGCAGUGGCAACAUCAGCCUUAUGGAGUCUUUACCAAACCCAGCAAGCAGUGGAUUUGUGCACAGUUUUUCUGCAAGCAGCUUGGGGCAGAUGCAGCUGGAGAACGGCGGGGGAUCCUUCUGGGCACCCCAUAGAAGUCAAAUGCAACUUCAAAGCAGGCGAUCACAGUCAAGGGAAGACCUAAGCUCCUCUCUUGCUGAGGCUCAUAUAGUGAAGAUGUAGUACAAGUUUGUAAAGCGCUGCUUUGUUAUAUGUACCUUUGUGAAGCCUGUAAGGUUGUACCACGUGCAACAUAAGGAAUUCAAUGCCAUUGUUGUUCCUUGGUACUCCGAGUUUUGUGGCAUCUCCACUUUUGUAAUAACAUCUCGCCAGCGAUUCUCAAGUAAAAUCAUUUCUUGCAUGCUUCUUCUA